AUGGCGUCGCGGGCCCUCAUUCCCUUUCUCGUGGCCAUGAUGCUACUGACGGGUGUUUGCAACACCCUGCUUACCAAGUAUCAGGACAUGCAAUGCGUCCGCAACUGCGAUGCGAAGGACCCCGCCAAACGAGCUUACUUCAAUCAACCUGUUUUACAGACGGCUCAGAUGUUUGUUGGUGAAAUGGGCUGCUGGUUGGUCGUUGGCCUGAUGACCCUGUACCGCCGCUACCUCUCACGGGCGUCUCCUACCUCGGAUGGCUACCAGGCCGUCAAUACGAAUGAUAAUGAUGAAGCCAGCGCCGCUCUCGUUAGCAAUCCCAACGGCAUUCCAAAGCCGCGAGAGCAGGAGCAAGGGUCCAUACUGCGCGGCCCCCGCAUCCUCUUGCUGGCCCUCCCAGCCAUUUGCGAUAUCCUCGGCACGACAUUGAUGAACAUUGGCCUUCUGCUGGUUGUUGCUUCCAUCUACCAAAUGACUCGUGGAGCCUUGGUCCUGUUUGUCGGUGUCUUCAGUGUUGUAUUCCUCAAGCGACGACUUUUCUUGUUCCAAUGGCUUUCGCUUGUCGGCGUCGUAGUGGGUGUUGCGCUUGUUGGCUUGGCUGGCGCCAUUUAUCACGAGAACAAGGACAAGACCGAGAUUGCCGCCGAUGAGGGGUCUCCAAAGUCCAACGCCUUCUUAACCGUCGUUGGAGUUCUACUCAUUGCCGGGGCGCAGAUAUUUACUGCUACUCAGUUCGUCCUCGAGGAAUGGAUCUUGGAAAGGUCGGCCAUUGAGCCUAUCAGAGUUGUUGGAUGGGAGGGCCUCUUCGGUUUUGUUGUUACCGUGUUUGGCAUGGUCGUCCUGCACUUUACCGUUGGACGCACUGCUGCCGGAAAGAACGGCUACUUUGACAUGGUCGAAGGCUGGAGACAGCUCACUGAGAAUAGAGCUAUCGGCCUAUCCAGUAUCCUAAUUAUGAUCAGCAUCGGCGGGUUCAACUUCUUUGGUCUCUCCGUUACCAGGAGUGUCAGCGCCACCUCGCGGUCCACAAUCGACACAUGCCGGACCCUUUUUAUAUGGAUCGUUUCCCUUGGUUUACACUGGGAAACCUUCAAAUGGCUGCAGGUUGUCGGCUUCGCUCUGCUCGUCUACUUUACCUUCCUCUUCAAUGGAAUCGUGCAACCGCCCUUCAAGUUCCUUAUUCCCAAUGAAGAGGUGGAAGAAUUGUUACCGGAAGAGCCGAUUGAGCACCAGUAG